CCGUCCAUGACUAGAAAAGGCCUGGGAAUCUCUGGCUCCUGCCUUCAGAACAUGGGCCUUCCAGGUCGGUCACUGUCAGCUGAGGUUCUGCCCCUUUGAGGCAAAUGCAGCCCCAGGGGCCCAUGUUUGUGGGCCUGCCUCACCUGGGACCCAUCCUCUUCUGGUUGUUCACCCGAUAUUCAAUGACCGACUGGUGCAAGGACUUGAGGACACUGUCCUGGUGCCCACCCUACAAGACCAUAUUGCUGGUGUGGACAACCGUCUACUCUCUCAUGGGCUACGCCUCCUACCUGGUAUGGAAGGACCUAGGAGGGGGCUUUAAGUGGCGUCUGGCCCUGCCCCUUGGCCUCUACGCUGUCCAGCUGCCCAUCAGCUGGGCCGUCCUGAUGCUCUUCCUGGAGGCCGCCAACCCUGGGCUGGCCCUGCUACACUUGCUUCUGCUCUACGGACUGGUGGUGAGCAUGGUGCUGGUCUGGCACCCAGUCAACAAGCUGGCUGCUCUGCUGCUGCUGCCCUACCUGGCCUGGCUCACGGUGACCGCCGUCCUCACCUACCGCCUCUGGAGGGACAGCCUUUGCCCUACGGCCCAGCCUCAGCCCACAGCAGAAAAUGGCAGCUGAGGCCACAGGGCACAGGAGUGAGGGAGAAGGCCAAGGUUGGGGGCAGAGCGUGCCAGCCAGCCACGGGGCCAGGCACGGCCAAGGCAGGCAGUCUCCUGGGCCCCUGCUGAGGACCUUCCUUGGAAUUCAGAGACAUGGGAAGGGGAAAUGCUUUUAUACUUUGAGAAUAAAUUGGUGUGGUGU